AAGUUCAUUGACACAAAGAAUAUUUAUCAAAUAUGAAGAUAUAAAUCUACUUACAUGCUAAAUCCUUCAUAUUUUGUCUUUGUAUUAAGUAUACCUACCUCCUUCGAUGUGUUGAUUUGGAGGAGCGACGGCAACUAAGAGAACUAUAAGCUCCCAUUUGUUUGGAAGUUUAUUCGGGAGUAAAUACGGCGACAUAAAGAUGCAUGCCAGCGUUGGGAACCUACCGUUGAAGUACAUUCCGAUGACAGAGGAGGACGUGGAAGCAUCUCUCACAGCGUCAGAUAUUCUGGGCUUUAUCGCGCUCGCGCCUAAUAUCGACCCAUUCAAGCUUGACGCGCCACCUCCCGUUGGCAUUGAUAUCCCUCAUCUCUGGCUAAAUGGUGUUGCAUACAUGAAGAACUUUCAGGUUUCCGGAAUCACAUCAUUGAUAAUAGAAGGCGUUCAGUUGCGUCUGAUUAAUCUUCGAGCAGAUCUUAAUAUCACAAUUCCUCAGAUAUAUUUUGAAAGUGACUUUAACCUGCAGGCAACUAUGAGUUUCCUCCCUGUCAGAUUGCGGUGCAGCUUAAGUGGGACCCUCUACGAUAUGCGCAUAAUGGUAUCGGCUGGGGCUAAGCAGGAUAACAUCCCACCGACGGGGAAAGUGCUGCAAAUUGACAGCGCUGAAGUCGAUAUCAAUAUAAAAGACGCCAAGUUCAAUUUCACAAGUAUUUCCAUUGGCGGCGCGAAAGAAACUGUCGGCACUCCCGUUACUCAAUUAUUCAAAAAAACUCGUAGGGUGAAAGGAAGGAAAGGGAGUCUUUAUGAUAAUAUUCUCAAAACGGCAAUGAUCUUAGUAAAUCAACAACUGGCAGAAAUUUCAGCCGACGCAUUCUUACCAAAAAUGUGAUAGGUAGGUAUGGUAUAUAACAAUUAUUUAGUGAAUACUUUAUUAAUAUUAAUGAAAUAUUCAAUCGUGAAUUUUUACGGAAAUAUCUAACUGCUAUGAAAUGGUCAAGUGAAAAGGACAUUCAGGAGUUAUACACAUUGUAUUAUUAUAGAACAAGCUAACUUCUGCUUACAUUUUUUUAUUCUCAAAUCUUAUAUGAUGGCUUUUUACCUACUUUUGUUAAUAUAGAUAGAUAAACGACCAUAUAAAAAAAAAUAGUAUACAGUUAGUGUUUGUAUCUGAUCUUCUGGGUCAUUCUGCAAACAAAUAAAGAUUCUUAUUUCUUAUCAAUUUUAAGUUGAAGUUGGAUUAAUUGAAAUAUUGAAACCUAACAUAAUGUACAUACCUACCAAAAAAUAUUUCGUAUCCGUGAUUAUCAAAGAACUAUCAUGAAUGAAUACCAUGCCGGUACCUACACCUUCUUCUGAAAGUUGGUUAAUUUAAUAACCGCUUGACUGUUUUAUAUAAGCUUAGGUAUAUCCACAACUUGGAAUACAACAAAGAAUUUAACAAAUUAGGUAAAGAAAGUAGUACUGUUUUGACCCAUUCAAUACCGAGAGUGUUGUGGUUCGUAGGCAGCUAAAUCAUGAGUUUUUCAAACUUUGCAAUCACUCAUUUUAAUGUCUCAUAUAUCAGCUGAUUAGCUAUAAGUUAUUAUAUUGCUAUCCGUGAAAACCUAUAAUUGGCUUUUUGUUUCUCAGUCGUAUAGCCGUUGGUUUUCCAAUAAAUAUGUAACCAACAACAGAUAUGUAACCUAAGUACUAAA